AUGCACCCAGGACUUCGUUUUUCGCCGGAUUUAGCGAAUGUUACGGCCGGCGCGCCCACCCCACACCCAGCUCCCUGCGGGGCAGCUGGGAACGCCGGCGCUCGCCUUUUGCAUGCACAGGCCCACCUGCAGCCCCUCUCUCUCCCCUCUCCCCUCUCUCCUCUCCUUUCUCUCUUCCUUCCACCGCCCCUCAUCUCCCCUCGCCGGCCUUGCUCCUCUCCUCGUCGGCCGCCGCCCCGCAUCUCCCCGCUCGCCGCCUUGCUCCUCUCCUCGCCGCUCCCUUCCUGCUCGCCGCCGUGCUGCGUCCGGCUCCACCCGACCAGAGACAGAGGAGCAGAGGGGAGAGGCGAAGCCGGCGACGGGCCGGCCGGCUCCUGCCGUCUCCGGCCGAGCGGAGCACACCGGCGGCCGCGGCUGGGCCCGCCGCACCCGUCCCCGGCCAGAGGGAGGCGCGGGAAGGCGCGGGGACGCGGCAACGGGCGGCGCCAGAGGAGAAACAGAGGCAAGCGGGUGACGGUGGUCUUCGACGGUGUGGGCAACUCCGACGGGCUCCGGCUGAUAUAA